CCAAGUGAAGUGUCCAAAUGAAAUUUCCAGUUUUAAAAGAAUACUAAUCAUUUUCUGACCAUCUGCACCAUUUUGCCAAUUGCGAUUUAUUAACAAAUCAUUCGAUAAAUUGAUCCGAUCGGUGCCUAGUUGUUGUGAAUGGCGCAGUCAAGUGAGAUACCCGCUUUGCGUUUGCAGGGACAUUGGAGUCCUUGACGGAGAUGGUAUGCUGACAAUCACAGGCAGAAUCAAGGAUAUGAUAAUAAAAGACGUGAGCAACGUUCCUCCUUCCUUUGUGGAGCAAGUUCUACUGCAGCACCCAAAAGUCUUGGAUGUAAAGGUUGUUGGUGUACCGGAUCCCGCUUUUGUGGAGGAGAUCUGUGCUUGCAUCAUAUUGAAGCAUGACCAAAAGCUGGACGUGGAGGAGAUGAAGAAGUUUUCAACAAAUAACGGGUUGGUUGGAAACCUAACCCCUGGUUACUUCGUCAUCAUGGACAGUUUCCCGAAGACCCCAACUGGACGAAAGAUCGACAGGAAGCAGAUAAGAGCUAUUGCCAUGGAGAGGCUGGGACUGAAGGAGAACGCAGAGUGAGAGAUGACGUCAUCACACCUCUGGUCUCCCUCACGAGACAAAAAUCGCGAGGCAUGCGGAGAUCAAUCUUACUGUUGCUAUUCAAGAUGAUAAGAUACCUAUAGCUAUCAAAUACUGCUUACUUCGUUUAAGGUUACAAGAACUAAUAUUGGAUGGUUUUAUGGACCGUGAGUAUUGUUAACGCGACAAGUUUUUUUUCACAAUCAUAUUUUUUUUUAAUCUGACAACAUGUCAACAAUUUGUGAAUUGUCGUCUGCUAAUAAUAGCCAGGAAUUAUAUAUAACGUUAUACGACUGGAUACCAGGCUAUGAAAUUUAGACACUUCAUAAUCUUAUGCAGGCUCUCCUGUUACAAUUCUACUUGAUUGAUGUCAAAUACUAGUAUUGAUGUGUCCAGACGUCGACUAUAAAGUAUUCACACUUCCAAUCGUUUGUCGGAAGUUUGUUGUAAUGGUUACAAUAUACCACGGAAGAGAUUGGGUCAGAAUCGGAUACUUACAUCGUGGAUAUCAAUUUUUGCGACAGUGUCAUCCUGUGAUACCGUACAUAUACGCCAGGUGACGCUGCUGGAAGUUAAAAAUUAUCAUAUACAAAUAUACAAUUAUCAUAAUGAUAUAAUGUUAACUUUGAUUGGAUUGGAUCUACUUGACAAAACUUGACAAAACUUCUCUGAUUGGACAGACACUGUCAUGUGAUCAAAUAAACAGACCAUUAGCGAGCGUCAUAUGACGAAUCAUCCCGCCAUUUUUGACUUCUUCUUCCGUUCAGAAGGUUUUCGUCAAACCUUGGUCAAAGCAACUAGCGCACUGCAAGGAAGUUUAAUACUUGCUCUCUGGAGAUACCGUUAAAGCAUGUCUCUGCGAUCCUCGCAACCUACAAUCGACAAGUAUUGCGAGCGGGCGUCAAAUCUUGUCCCGACAAGAAGCACUUCUCCUGAGAAUGAACUGUCCUGGGUUUCUGCAAGGCCGCAGGCUGGCAGCGAUUUAACUCCUGAGUCAGCUGUAAAGAGGGUAAGGUCACUUUCACAGCGUCGCGGAUUGGGCCGUUCUGUCACUGAUGGUGCCAGUAACACACCCGCAAACGUGACAGCGCUAGCCUCAUCCACGUCCGAUGGCGCCACGACGACCUCUUCACCGUUUGUCCCCUCGGUCACCCCAUCGAACCGCAGGGCAGCAGGGUCAUCACGAUCGCCGUCCAAACCCCACAAAGCAGGUGGACCGAGAGGCCUCGGCACAUCUGAGCCAUGUCGUAAACGGAAAAGCGAGAGUUUGGUGGAAAGUGGCGGCAAUAUUCU